UUUCUGGUUAUUUUUUAAAAAAAAUCAGGGAACGUUACGGUCUGGUUAUUUUCUGGUUGCAAAAAUAACCAAAAAAUAUCAAUUAGGGAACGUUAUUUUCUGGUUAUUUAAAAAAAACCUGCAACGUUCUGGGAACGUUAUUUUCUAAAUAAAACCUGAAAAGAACGUUCUUAUAACGUUAUUGUUUGGUUCCCCGAAAAUUAACCAAAAACUAACGUUAGGUGAACCUUCUGUGUUUCCUGGUAGACGAGAUAUAGUCCGGCUAUUAAUAACCUACUUCUAGCCAAAAUAAUCUUAAAUUUGGUUACAUGUCGUUUUAGCCUAAAUAACUUGUAUGAUGUAUGAUAUUCCAUCAUGUAAGAAAAGUCAACAAUGAUUAAAAUGUGCAUGGUUUCAUUUCUUUGACAUGUUCUAAGACUGUGCGUAGCCACGAUUUAGUUCGUAUUCAGAUCGGCUAUUUGUAGCCAGCUUAGUCAAGACAUGGUUCAUUGUCGUUUUUGGCCAGUCAGUGCAGAGAUUGUUGAUGUAUAUCUCAUCAUGUUCAAUGUGUGAAUAAUAUCAGCAAUAUGCUUUUAGUCCACCCUGCGAAAUCGAGGCAAUUUAGUCUAAUUUCAACGGUUUGCUUUUAGCCCUGAUUCAGACCAGCAAUGAGUGUAGCCAAAAAGAGUUAAAAUUGUUUGUUAUGACAUCAUCAAGUAAAAAUGUAAAACAUUUGAAUUAUACAUAAUUUAUAUUAUAUUUGCCCAAAUAUAUUAUAGCCCAAAUUUUGCCUUGAUUUAGACAAGACGUCAGGGUUGUGUUUGGACGGCUAUUGGGCGUCUUUUAGACAAGAAAUUGCUUGCUGGGUAUUGUCAUCCCUAUUCUUAUUCCCUACCCAGCUAGCACAAAGAUCUGGAGAUCUGGAAAACAUCUGCUAUGCUAAACAUCUUAUAAAGAGCAGUUUUACAUCCAAUCUAAAGACUUAAAAAACGAUGCUUUGUUGAAUCAGCGUAUAUUUCCUGUCACGUCUACCUAAUUAUAGAAAUUGUUCCACUUUUCUACAUUUUCUGCUGCGGACGUUAGUGGACUGUAUUACAUUAUGGGAAAUGUGGAAUAUCUGCUGAAGUGGCAAGGAUGGUCCCCUAAGUACAGCACCUGGGAACCAGAGGAAAACAUACUGGACCCUCGUCUUGUCGUCGCCUACGAAGAAAAAGAAGAGAAAGAAAGAGCUCUGGCUUAUAAGAGAAAAGGGCUGAGACCUCGUCGGAUUGUAUUGCGGAACAUCUACCCAAUGGACCUACGAAGUGCCCACAAGGUUCUGGUAAAACCAUCUCCAAGAAUCCGUCUGUCACUUUCCCGUUCCGUGGAGAUUGAUCAGAUCGGACGGCGCUGUAGAGUGGGCUACCGUCGCAUAGAAAAACGCAGGUCCAGAAUCACGGAUGAUGUUAAGCCUUUCCAGCAACUAACAAGAAGCCCAGUUUCUUCAAAUGACUCUAGAGAGAAAGAGUGGGAUAGAGACGAGGAAAAUGAGCAGAAGAAAAAAAGAAAGAUGACAAACAAUGAUGAAAACACAGACGUGAACCAGGACAUUCCAAGUGGCCAUGAGCUAUCUGAGGGGUACAACUCUUCAACAGAACAAGAACCAAUAAUCACCGUCAGGAAUACUGAGAACUGCCAGUCCAGUUUAGACCACAGUGCGAAGCUGACCGAGGACACUUGCCUCAUGACAGGUCCAGUUUUAGGAGCAACAGAUGGACUUGAAAACCGUAAAAUCACCGAAACACAACUGACCGUCCCAGUCACAAACAUUGCAGGGGGUGGCGACUCUGAACGGGUAGCACACGAUGCAACAAACACUGACCAAUCACUACAAAACAGUACCAACUUAGAAACGAAAGUGGAAGGUGUGCUUGACAAAAUACAAAACAGACCUUCGGUUAUCGAGGUACAUAUGAGUGCGAAACAGGAGAUGAUAAAAGAAACAAGUCAGUCAGACACUCCAGAGGUCGAGGAUAAAAAAGAGAUGGAUGUUGAGGUCACGGAAGAAUGUAAAACAACAUUACAGGUCCCGACUGACCAGUCACAGGCUUCCUCCACCAUCGCAGUGCAUCCUGGGAAGGUAAUUGUGACUAAGGUAACAAUUAAUUCCCUGACCGUGACCUUUAAAGAGGCCAUGAGCACGGAAGGUUUUUUUAGCGACUGCGCACUUGAGUUGUAAGUUGACAAAGGGACCGUUGCAAUAGAUUUAUGUAAAUGCAGACAGGACCAGAUCUUCUUAAGUAUGUCCUUGUGUCAUUGUAGUCAAGUAUCUUUUGAAGGAGGACAUUUCUGACUUUAUUCAGUAAUGCUCUAAGUGAAGAGUUCAGUAGCAUGUAACAAAACCUUCCACAUCUGUACCACUACUUAUCCAUCAGCAGGAGGUAUUGCACUAACAGUGAGGAGGAAAAAACAUUUAAGCUCAGAAACAAAACUACUGUUUUAUUGCCUUGUCGUGCGACCAACCAGGUGGGAAAGAGAAAGGCCGCCUGGCUUUGUUUUCAGAUAUUCGUCUGCGCUCUCUUCUGAGGCCUUUGUGCAUUUUUAAAGAGACCGUAUUGGUUUACAAUCACAACUGCUACAGCGGACGCUUUCGUAGAACUUGUUCUGAAUCUGAACACAAGUGCGUUAGGUGUUGCUUUAAGCAUGGCAGAAAUCGAAGCAAAGACUAAAUUAUAUGUUUUGGUCAUGGUUGUAGUUGAACAUGGCUUGUCAGAUUUGUUGUUAUACACCUACACUUUCUGCUUGUAUUUACAGUUAAUAAACUGGAGAAAAUGUUG